GCCUGUGGAUAUCGCGGAUGCCAGUGCAGGCGAGAGCUUCAGUCGAGAGACAUACCCAUUUACACUCAGCCAAAGCGAAUAACGGAAGAGGAGGCAGUGGGAGAGAUAAGGAGAGGAGGUUUUUCAGAGUGGUUUUCAGCUUCGGAAGAGGAGCUAUGGUAGCGGAGGAGGACUCGGAAUUUUGAGCACCACGAGAGGAAGAAAAAACGCGUUAUCCCGUUCUGCUGCGGCUAGUGAGCGCGUUCUCUGCUCGGGUUGGAAUAGCCUACAGUGUGUUUACGUGAGACCAUGGAGAUACGGCUUGGAUUUAUCAAACGGCACUUCGACAGUUUGUGAAAAAAACUGGACCUCUCAUUUUUCAACGGCAUUUUACUCUCUUUUUAUUCGUUGGGAUUGUGUUUUUUUGUGUAUUUUUUUCCCGUUGGCAUUUUUUGUUUUUAUCUAUGGUGUUUCAUUAUUUAUGUCGUCUUUUCCUUCUUUCAAAAAUUUCUUAUUUUUUGAUUCAUCGGUUUUGGAGGAGAGUUCGUAGUGAAGAUUUUUGGAGAGAAGAUGCUGCGCUGCUCAUGUGAAUGAUAUUCUCUCUCCCCAACUGAGACGUGCCAUGGAUGGAAAACUUAAUUUGCAUCUACGAAACCGAUCGGGAAAUAUCCGUUACAUCGAAUAACUACUGCUGACAUCGAUCAGGACCAAUGACAUAGGAUGAACACUGCUGGAGGGGUGUGUCUGUGUGUGCUGUCGUCCCUCUUUGCUGUGGCCUGGGCCGUAGCUGCCUUAGUUCCUCCAGCUCCUCUCUCUGCCCUGGCCGCUGCCUAUGGGUCUGCCAGUGGCGUCUCUCCCGGGGAGGUAGAGGGGGGCAGCCUCCCCUCCCCAUGCUCCAGCCUGGUAGCCGGGGUACUGUAUGGCUCUUUCUCUCUGAGAGAGCUGUUCCCGUCGCAGGUGCUGGGCUGUUCCUGGUCGUUGGAAAACCCAGAUCCCACCAAGUACUCCCUCUAUCUCCGAUUCACCCGCCAUCCCUCUAUCUGUCAAUCACACUACCCCAUGCUCCUCCCCCUCGACCAUCAUCUAGCCAAUCAGAGCUGUCCGCUGGAUCUAGAGACGCCACCUCAAGACCAGGAAGUGAUAGACCUUUGCGGCAGGCAAUUAGAAUCAGAGGGACCUUAUUCAUUUUUGCAGUUCGACAAGAACUUUGUGCAGCUGUGCCUAUCGAGACUACCGACAGCCGAUGAACCGCCGGUAACCAAGGAAACACUAGAACUCCGGCUGGUCGAGGUUUUGCUAAUCAACAACGAGAACUCCAGUCAGUUCACCUGUGGAGUACUCUGCCGAUGGUUCGAGGAGUGCCUACGCAAUGGUCGUCAUGGAGAAGCUGAUGUUGCCGACGGCGACGGUUGCAGAGUUACGCAGACUGGUUGUGUGUGUCCUAACAACAAUGUGGUCAUGGCUCAGCCUGUACCCCUUCUCCCGGCAACGCCCCAUAGCAACGGAUCGUUGUUACCUGAGAAUUGCUGCGUCACAGAGCUGCACCAUAACAACGCCAUCGCCAUAGCGCCCAGGGACGUCAGACACGACCUCUAUCCAGACCCAGAUGAUGAUGACCUGAAGGUGAAGACACAGAAACCCAGAUCAGCAGACCAGCCAGGUGUGUUUCAGGCACAGACAGGUGACCCUGCGGCAGAGGAGUGGUCUCAGUGGAGUGUGUGUUCGUUAACGUGUGGUCAGGGUUGGCAAGUGCGGACACGCUCGUGUGUGUCCUCUCCCUAUGGAACCCUGUGUAGUGGCGCCCUGAGAGAGACACGUAUGUGUAACAAUACAGCCACCUGCCCCGGUGACCCAGCACUGAGCUCAGGUAGGCAUGAAAAUGUACACCCAUUGCACAGACAGACACACACACUGUAAAAACCACCGGUACAGUACCUAUCCUAUCCUAUUCUAUAGUCCCCUCUCUGUGGAACCUGGCCUUCUAUAGUCCCCUCUCUGUGGAACCUGGCCUUCUAUAGUCCCCUCACUGUGGAACCUGGCCUUCUAUAGUCCCUUCACUGUGGAACCUGGCCUUCUAUAGUCCCCUCACUGUGGAACCUGGCCUUCUAUAGUCCCCUCACUGUGGAACCUGGCCUUCUCUAGUCCCCUCACUGUGGAACCUGGCUUUCUAUAGUCCCCUCUCUGUGGAACCUGGCCUUCUAUAGUCCCCUCUCUGUGGAACCUGGCCUUCUAUAGUCCCCUCUCUGUGGAACCUGGCCUUCUAUAGUCCCCUCACUAUGGAACCUGGCCUUCUAUAGUCCCCUCACUGUGGAACCUGGCCUUCUAUAGUCCCCUCACUGUGGAACCUGGCCUUCUAUAGUCCCCGCACUGUGGAACCUGGCCUUCUAUAGUCCCCUCACUGUGGAACCUGGCCUUCUAUAGUCCCCUCUCUGUGGAACCUGGCCUUCUAUAGUCCCCUCUCUGUGGAACCUGGCCUUCUAUAGUCCCCUCUCUGUGGAACCUGGCCUUCUAUAGUCCCCUCACUAUGGAACCUGGCCUUCUAUAGUCCCCUCACUGUGGAACCUGGCCUUCUAUAGUCCCCUCACUGUGGAACCUGGCCUUCUAUAGUCCCUUCACUGUGGAACCUGGCCUUCUAUAGUCCCCUCACUGUGGAACCUGGCCUUCUAUAGUCCCCUCACUAUGGAACCUGGCCUUCUAUAGUCCCCUCACUGUGGAACCUGGCCUUCUAUAGUCCCCUUACUGUGGAACCUGGCCUUCUAUAGUCCCUUCACUGUGGAACCUGGCCUUCUAUAGUCCCCUCACUGUGGAACCUGGCCUUCUAUAGUCCCCUCCCUGUGGAACCUGGCCUUCUAUAGUCCCUUCACUGUGGAACCUGGCCUUCUAUAGUCCCCUCACUGUGGAACCUGGCCUUCUAUAGUCCCCUCACUGUGGAACCUGGCCUUCUAUAGUCCCCUCACUGUGGAACCUGGCCUUCUAUAGUCCCCUCACUGUGGAACCUGGCCUUCUAUAGUCCCCUCCCUGUGGAACCUGGCCUUCUAUAGUCCCUUCACUGUGGAACCUGGCCUUCUAUAGUCCCCUCACUGUGGAACCUGGCCUUCUAUAGUCCCUUCACUGUGGAACCUGGCCUUCUAUAGUCCCCUCACUGUGGAACCUGGCCUUCUAUAGUCCCCUCCCUGUGGAACCUGGCCUUCUAUAGUCCCUUCACUGUGGAACCUGGCCUUCUAUAGUCCCCUCACUGUGGAACCUGGCCUUCUAUAGUCCCCUCACUGUGGAACCUGGCCUUCUAUAGUCCCCUCACUGUGGAACCUGGCCUUCUAUAGUCCCCUCUCUGUGGAACCUGGACUUCUAUAGUCCCCUCUCUGUGGAACCUGGCCUUCUAUAGUCCCCUCACUGUGGAACCUGGCCUUCUAUAGUCCCUUCACUGUGGAACCUGGCCUUCUAUAGUCCCCUCACUGUGGAACCUGGCCUUCUAUAGUCCCCGCACUGUGGAACCUGGCCUUCUAUAGUCCCCUCACUGUGGAACCUGGCCUUCUAUAGUCCCCUCUCUGUGGAACCUGGCCUUCUAUAGUCCCCUCUCUGUGGAACCUGGCCUUCUAUAGUCCCCUCACUAUGGAACCUGGCCUUCUAUAGUCCCCUCACUGUGGAACCUGGCCUUCUAUAGUCCCCUCUCUGUGGAACAUGGCCUUCUAUAGUCCCCUCUCUGUGGAACCUGGCCUUCUAUAGUCCCCUCUCUGUGGAACCUGGCCUUCUAUAGUCCCCUCUCUGUGGAACCUGGCCUUCUAUAGUCCCCUCUCUGUGGAACCUGGCCUUCUAUAGUCCCCUCUCUGUGGAACCUGGCCUUCUAUAGUCCCCUCUCUAUGGAACCUGGCCUUCUAUAGUCCCCUCUCUGUGGAACCUGGCCUUCUAUAGUCCCCUCUCUGUGGAACCUGUCCUUCUAUAGUCCCCUCUCUGUGGAACCUGGCCUUCUAUAGUCCCCUCUCUGUGGAACCUGGCCUUCUAUAGUCCCCUCUCUAUGGAACCUGGCCUUCUAUAGUCCACUCUCUGUGGAACCUGGCCUUCUAUAGUCCCCUCUCUGUGGAACCUGGCCUUCUAUUGUCCCCUCUCUGUGGAACAUGGCCUUCUAUAGUCCCCUCACUGUGGAACCUGGCCUUCUAUAGUCCCCUCUCUGUGGAACAUGGCCUUCUAUAGUCCCCUCUCUGUGGAACCUGGCCUUCUAUAGUCCCCUCUCUGUGGAACCUGGCCUUCUAUAGUCCCCUCUCUGUGGAACCUGGCCUUCUAUAGUCCCCUCUCUGUGGAACCUGGCCUUCUAUAGUCCCCUCUCUGUGGAACCUGGCCUUCUAUAGUCCCCUCUCUGUGGAACCUGGCCUUCUAUAGUCCCCUCUCUAUGGAACCUGGCCUUCUAUAGUCCCCUCUCUGUGGAACCUGGCCUUCUAUAGUCCCCUCUCUGUGGAACCUGUCCUUCUAUAGUCCCCUCUCUGUGGAACCUGGCCUUCUAUAGUCCCCUCUCUGUGGAACCUGGCCUUCUAUAGUCCCCUCUCUAUGGAACCUGGCCUUCUAUAGUCCACUCUCUGUGGAACCUGGCCUUCUAUAGUCCCCUCUCUGUGGAACCUGGCCUUCUAUAGUCCCCUCUCUGUGGAACCUGGCCUUCUAUAGUCCCCUCUCUGUGGAACCUGUCCUUCUAUAGUCCCCUCUCUGUGGAACCUGUCCUUCUAUAGUCCCCUCUCUGUAGAACCUGGCCUUCUAUAGUCCCCUCUCUGUGGAACCUGGCCUUCUAUAGUCCCCUCUCUGUGGAACCUGGCCUUCUAUAGUCCCCUCUCUAUGGAACCUGGCCUUCUAUAGUCCCCUCUCUGUGGAACCUGGCCUUCUAUAGUCCCCUCUCUGUGGAACCUGUCCUUCUAUAGUCCCCUCUCUGUGGAACCUGGCCUUCUAUAGUCCCCUCACUGUGGAACCUGGCUUUGUCUGGCUGUUCACUCAUUAUAUACU